CUGAAGUUUCACUAAAUCUUUCUACUCCUUCACCAACGUGUAUUUCAGUUGUGUUGCUUGAGUUUUAUUUUAAAUGUGCGACAUAGGGAAUCUCGUUCAUUCAAGGUGGAGGCAAAGAGGAACGUGUCCGCACGACCUCACCGCCUGUGUCGCUUAUUCCCCUUGUACGCACUUUCUGAAGUUUGUUUUCUUAUUGAUGGAGCGGCUCGCCCAAACCGGAAGUUGUGAAAGUGAUCUCUCUUUUGGCCACUGUUCUUUAUCCGGCUUCCUGUGCGUCGUGUUCGCUGCUUCUCCUGAGAUGUCCGUUACACAGAGAUUGAAAUGCGGUCUCCUGGGGCUGAGAGGUGUCUUCGGACGGGGGCAGGUGCUGCCUGCUGCCACUGCGAGACUACAGCACAGCAAUGCCGAGCAGUCCGGUCAGUCUGCCCCCACGAACCGCCCGGAGACGUCCAGCGCCAAGACGAUGAUGGACAUUGGGACCCGCCGGAUCUUCGGCGAGGAGCAUGACCUCUUCAGACAGAACGUCCGGCGCUUCUUUCAAGAGGAGGUGGUUCCACACCACAAGGAGUGGGAGAAAGCAGGUCAGGUAAGCAGGGAGGUGUGGGAGAAGGCCGGUGAGCAAGGGCUGCUGGGAAUAUUGAUUCCGGAGGAGCAUGGUGGCAUUGGAGGAGACCUGUUUUCUGCGACGGUCAUGUUGGAGGAGCAAAUGUACUGCAACUGCUCAGGGCCGGGUUUCACCCUGCACUCUGACAUCGUCAUGCCCUACAUCGCCAACUAUGGCAGCAAGGAGCAGAUCGAACGCUUCAUCCCCGAGAUGUCCGCCGGGAAAUGCAUAGCCGCCAUCGCAAUGACGGAGCCAGGAGCAGGCAGCGAUCUCCAAGGUGUGAGGACGUACGCCAAGCGGGACGGCAGCGACUGGAUCCUCAACGGCAACAAGGUGUUCAUCACCAACGGGUGGAUGUGUGACGCGGUGGUGGUGGUGACCGUCACCGACUGCGAGGCGAGGGCGGCGGCGCACGGCAUCAGUCUUUUCCUGGUGGAGGACGGCAUGAAGGGCUUCCAGAAGGGACGCAAGCUGGAGAAGAUCGGCCUGAAGGCCCAGGACACGGCCGAGCUGUUUUUCGAAGACGUGCGGCUCCCGGCUGACGCCCUCCUGGGUGAACUCAACAAGGGUUUCUACUACCUGAUGAACGAGCUGCCUCAGGAGCGUCUGCUGGUUGCUGUCAUUGCCCUUGCAAGCUGCGAAUUCAUGUUUGAGGAGACCAGGAACUACGUGUUGCAGAGGAAGGCUUUCGGCAAGUCACUCGCUCACCUCCAGACUGUGCAGCACAAGCUUGCAGAGCUGAAAACCGAGAUCUGCGUGGGCCGGGCCUUUGUCGAUAACUGCCUUCAGCUACACGCUGAGAAACGCCUGGAUGCCUCCACGGCUUCCAUGGCCAAGUUUUGGGCAUCUGACCUCCAGAACAAGGUUGCCACUCAGUGCCUGCAGCUCCAUGGAGGCUGGGGCUACAUGUGGGAAUACCCCAUUGCCAAGGCAUUCGUGGAUUCGCGUGUUCAGUCCAUUUAUGGAGGCACCAAUGAGAUCAUGAAAGAGCUCAUUGCCCGCAAAAUUGUCAGCCAGAAGUGAGACAAGUGAGACGUUGUCACUGGGGAAAGUGAGGUGGUUCAGUGAGAUAUUUGGGGUUUUUUUGUCGACCACACUUUGUCAGAUUGAGGUUUGAAAUAAACUCAACAGAGUCGUUUAUUUGGAAGAAGAAAUAACUUUUUUCCUCUUGCAAAUGAGACAUGUUAAAGCACAUUAUGAUGGGAUGUAUUGUUACAUCCUUUCUAUUUGUACUGAGAUAAAUUCCACUACCAUAGCUGUAUGGUAAUUUUUAAAAAAAGUUUUUAUUUGUUGCCAGUAAAAUGCAGUUCAACUAAUUUCCUAUACGUUCAGGGGUUGUGCAGCUACAGCUGUACCUAGUCUGGCAUUGCCAGUAGCUUAUGGUGGCCAUAGUGAUAUAAAGCUAUUAGCAAACUCUUUUGCUGUGUAACUAAAAUUUCUGAUUUAGUUCAAAUGUUAGUUCAUAUGUUAAACUAAAUACAAUUUAAGUCAAAAUUUUCAUUUGCACAUCCAGCAGUUAUGGAGUGAUUGUCAAGGUGGAGGCUAGAAAAUAAAUGCUGAAAUUCGGAA